AUGUACGGCACCAUUGCGCGACGGUGGAAUGAUGCUGCGCCCACUGCGCAGAGCCCACCCGAAGAUUUCUAUUUUUCAUUCUCCACAGUAAAUUUUCAUGCGCAGCAUAGCGGGAGCAAAGAUUGCAGCGCCCCUUGGUGCCAUUGCCUAGAUGAUGGCCAUUACGACGAAAGCGCGACGGCAACUAGGAACAAAGGUGCACGGUAUGCGCCUGCCGACACCAUCGCGGUGUCCGCCCCCAUCCCCCAGCGCCAGUGCAACAAAUGGUCGACAGCGCGCAACCGUGCUCGUGUGCGCAUGAAAUCACAUGGUCACAUAAGGAAGACCGUCAGAGUCCGGGGCAUUGGCUUUCCAGGUGCAAGUCGUGCCAGGGACGCUGCACCGGGGCGCGCGGGCGAGAGACCCCGGCAGUGCGAAUGGCGCGUCUCGCGUAUAUGCGUAGGCAUCCCUGCUGCUAUCCAGGAUGCACAGACGGUGGUCAGCUGUGGGGGCGUGCGCCCCGCGGGCCUUCGCGACGGUCGUUCCCGCGGAGCACAGUGGGAGGAGCGCAGGACGUCCGUGCGAUCAUCGUACCCCACUUGGUCCGAGGGCCCCUCGAAGCUCGCGUGCUCCGUGCUCCUGGAACGCGCGAAACGCAGCCACGAACUCGCGAGAUGCAGCCACGCUUCCCACGGGCUCCACAGCGGAAAUGGCUCGCUGGCACACGCCGGCGUCGAGGCGUGUGCCCCACUCCUGCGUUCGCGUUCGUCCCAUCGUGUCGAAGCACGCCCGGAUCUAGCCGUGGGAGCUGAUCGGCGGCGGCGCACGUUGCGGGGAGCGAGGGAUCCUAAUAGUGCUGCGAAGGAUACCACGCACACGUACCGCCUGUGGGAAGCCUUGGAUGAGGACAUGCGCUGCCCUGGCCAAUCAUAUGCGACUAGUUUGUCGGGCAUGUCGUGUUGUGGGCCGUAUAUCUUGCGUCAUGUUCAAAGCAAUUCAGACACGAUUCAGACGGCAGCAACCUGCGUGAUCCCUCCAAUGCAGAGCAUGGCUAUUUCGUAA